AUGCUGAAAAGUCUUUGUGCCCUUCGGUUGUCAUCCAGACUGUUGGGUAUCCGUUUGUACGUGAAAGGUUCGUCUGCUCCGCCGACUACAGUUUCUUCUGGUGUACCUGAGCAGUUGUCAGCCGAGGAGGAAGAGGCGAUUUACCAAGAGAAUUUUCGCCGGGCGUUGGCCGAACUCAAAACCCACGACUACCCGAAGGGAACGAAGGUUGGACGCUACGUCAUGGGCGAUUAUGGACUCUAUCGUCCAAGAUACAGAAAAUUUCAAGAGAUGUACAUCGAAGCAGUGAGUUUUUUCUUGUCAGAAAAACUGUCAUCUGUAUUUUGUUAA